AUGAAGCUUAUUGCCUUAUUUUUCUUGUGUCUGCUGACGAACAUGCUUAUAGACGCCCGAUCAAUCCAGGACGGAGAUGAUGUCUACCAGAAGGAGGUAGCCAUGCCCUACUGGCCUUUCUCAGCCAACGACUUUUGGUCGUACGUGGAGUAUUUCCGGACCUUGGGAGCCUAUGACAGGAUCAAUGAAAUGGCGAAAACCUUCUUUGCUCAGUUCCCCUUUGGCAGUCGCUUGGGCUAUGACGCCCCAAACCACGAGCACUGA